AUGCCGCAGGAAUCAGCUCGACCAAAACCGACCGCGCCGCAAGGCUUCACACCAUCGACGAUGGAGGUCGUCAACCCCAUGCCGGCGCGCCCCCUCAUCGUCGAGCCGUACAACGCCGCCUGGCCGACCAUGUACCUCGCCGUCGCGCUCCUCGUGCUCGACGCCAUGGACGUGCAGGUGACGAGUAUCGACCACGUGGGGUCGACGUCGGUCCCGGGCCUCGACGCCAAGCCCAUCAUCGACAUUGACGUGACGGUGGCGGACCCGGGCGACGAGCAGGCGUACGUGCCGCGCCUCGAGGCGGCGGGGUUCACGCUCGUGGUGCGGCAGCCGUCGUGGCACGGGGCGCGCAUGCUGGUCGGCGAGCUGCCGUGGGCGGCGGGCGUCAACCUGCACGUGUUCCCGGCCGGGUGCGAGGAGGUGGCGCGGCACAAGGCGCUGCGGGACUGGCUCGCGAUGCCGGCGGGGGCGGAGGACCGCGCGAGGUACGUGCGGGCGAAGAGGGCGGCGGCGGAGGACGUGCGGCGCGUCGGGGGCACGGCGAGGGCGUACAACACGCGCAAGGCGGGGGUGCUGCUGGACAUUCUGGGCAGGGCGUGUGCGGCGCGGGGGUUGAGGGUUGAUGGCGGCGUGUAG